AAUGCUGCUUCCCACUGUCUUCUACAUCCUUUGCUUAACAAACACAGGAAAGAGAGAGAGAUAGAGAGAUGGGAAUGUGGGAAUUCAUCAGCGCAACCACCGAGACAGUGAAGCGAAACGCACCCGAUCUGAGUUCCGUGAAGGGAGCGUGCCGCAGCUCAUACAAUUUCGCCUGGACGGCCGUCGGAAAAGCAGAUCGGGCCGUCAGAGAUAACGUCGUCGUUAACAGGGUGAACCACCACCUGGCCAACGACGAAGAUCGGGCCAAGAUCGGCCGUUUGGCCAAAAACGCCGCUUUCUAUGGCUUCCAAGAGGGCAUCAAAUACAUCCCCGGAGGGACACCAAUUGUUAACAUCCUCUCGCGAUCGCUUCAGGACGAGAAGAAGAAGAAAACCGAGGACAAUAAACAAGCAAUAGAGGCAUUGCAAGCUAGGAUCACCAAACUGGAGAAAGAAUCCGGCGGCAAAUUACCCGAUGGAGUCGAAACGGUCAGUCGCGGCCAUGGCAAAGAAGACUCGAGAGCUGGCCAAUACUCCAACGCAAACCAGAAACCGGAAGAUGCGAUAAGAAUCUUCAUGAUGAAGGAAUUCAGCGGUAGGCAUAUCACCGGAAAAAUAUUCGACGAUCUGUUCGUUCCCGGGGUUGGCCGCCAGAGGAACGAGAAGUGAAGAAUGGAUUUAGGGCUGGCUUCGUUUAUGUGUUUUUGUGGUGUGUUGUGUUGUAAGCAGAAGAAGCCUGUGGUUGGGGGCUGAUGCACUACGCUGCGUGUUGUGUAAAAUGUAAUACUAUAAAAUGUAUAAGCCUACUUUGUGGUUGGUUGGUUGGUUGAGAAGCCAGAAAAUGUAUUACACGAGUAAUGUAUGUAUCUCUAGCAGAGAUGAAUAACAACGGUGAUGUGAUAAUUCAUGUAGAAGUGUUUAUCUGAAUAUAAAAUCUGUUAAGUGUCUUUUCAUCU